GAUGUGCACAUGGAAAACUUAUUGAACUGGGUUACAAUUGGUUCCAAACUAUAAAUUGAUUGGAUCUGAUUGGGAUAGGCACAGUUUGGCAAUCGUUUCUGCGCUGUGAACAACAUCACUUUUCAACAAUGGCAUUCAAGUUCCUGACCUUCUGCGCCCUACUGGCCGUUGCCCGUGCCGGAUUCCUAUCCAGCCCUGCUCUGACGACGUACUCGGCUGCUCCUUUGGCCAAAUCCGUAUCGUACGCAGCCUCUGCCCCUCUAGCAUACUCGGCUCCAAUUGCCGCCCCGUUGGCAGCUAAGACCCUGGUCGCCGCCCCCGUGGCCAAGACCAUCGUCGCCGACGAGUUCGACCCUCAUCCAGAAUACUCCUUUUCCUACGGAGUCGCCGAUUCACUAACUGGAGACCAGAAGGAGCAGCACGAAUCUCGCAGCGGAGAUGUUGUCCAAGGAGCUUACUCGCUCGUUGAGCCAGACGGUUCCAAACGCAUCGUCGAGUACAGUGCCGAUCCACUCCACGGAUUCAACGCCGUCGUCCGCCGUGAACCGCUGGUCAAGGCCAUCGCUGCUGCCCCAGUCGUUGCCGCCAAGACCAUUAUUGCUCAACCUGCCAUUGCCAGCUACGCCGCACCCUUGGCCACCAAGACCAUCGUAGCUCAUCAUUAAACAUUGUUAAAAUCUGUUACAGCCAUCUCGCAGCCCUUCACUUAAUUUAUUGACUGUUUAAAUUGUGAAAAUAAAACCGAAACCAUCUUGACACAA